ACGACCGACCGGGGCUAACUGUUUUCAUUCUUGCUAGCUUCUCGUAGCUGUGCGCGAGCAGGCGGAGAGGAACGGCAUCUAAAAAGCGACUUGGAAAAACUACUUAACGAGCUCCUAGUUUUGGCCUUGAGGGGGCACCAGCAUGAGUCAGGAGUCACUGGAGUCUGAUGGAGACUCCGCUCAGGAUGUGUCUGACUUUAACUGGGAUGAUUACCUGGAGGAGACCGGAGCUGUGUCUGUGCCCCAUCAUGCCUUCAAACAUGUGGACCAGGGUCUGCAGACAGGACUAUCUCCAGGCAUGAAGCUGGAGGUGUUUGUUCGCUCUGAGGCUGACAGUCCUUACUGGGUGGCGACCAUCAUCACCACAUGUGGUCAGCUGCUGUUACUUCGAUAUGAAGGUUACCAGGAUGACAGGCGUGCUGACUUUUGGUGUGACAUUAUGACGGCAGACCUGCACCCUCUGGGCUGGAGCCGCCAGCAUGGAAAGACCAUGAGAGCCCCUGAGGGUGUGCGUGAGAGGCAUCAGGACUGGGAGGCUUUGCUGGAAAAGGCCCUGGCUGAGGAGUGCAGUGCUCCUGCCAACCUGCUGGAAUUGCCCCUGCGUGGUCGGGACCCGGUGGAGCUUCUGUGCGCCGGCUGCUACGUGGAGCUCCAGGACAGCACUGACCCUGGUCUGGCAUGGGCUGCCGAGGUAGAAGAGAACGUUGGGGGAAGGCUGAAGCUGCGUUUGGUGGGCACCGAGGGCCUCCCGGAUACACCGGCAACCCUUUGGCUCUUUUACCUCCACCCACGCCUCCACCCACCCGGCUGGGCCAAAGAGCAUGGCUGCACCCUCAGGCCUCCCUUAGAACUGUUGGGCUUGCGGACUGAGGAAGAGUGGGAGGAGGUGAGGCAGAGGAUCAGCGAGCUGCCUCAGGAUGAGGCUCUGACAGCAGAGCUCAGUAAGGAUCAGCCUGAUGUAGCCAAUCACAGUUUCAAGGAAGGGAUGAAACUGGAGGCUGUUGACCCUGCUGCUCCUAUUUCCAUCAGGCCUGCUACUGUCACCAAGGUAUUCAGUGAGCAGUACUUCUUGGUGAUGAUGGAUGAUCUCUGUGGUAUUGAGGAGUCAGAGGGGGCCGGGCGGUCCUUCCUGUGUCACAGAGACAGCCCAGGGAUCUUCCCUGCUCAGUGGAGCCUCAAAAAUGGUCUCCCUCUCAGUCCCCCUCCAGGAUACCAGGGUCCAGACUUUGAUUGGGCAGAUUACCUGAAACAGUGUGAGGCUGAAGCUGCUCCUCAGCAUUGCUUUCCAACAGAGCAGUGUGAGCACAGCUUCAAAGAGGCAAUGAAACUAGAGGCUGUCAACCCACUGUCACCUGAGAACAUUCACGUGGCGACAGUCACCAGGGUCAAAGGGCAAUACAUUUGGCUCAGCCUGGAAGGGCUGAAGCAGCCCAUGCCAGAGCUGAUUGUUCAUGUGGACUCACUCGACAUUUUCCCAGUCAGCUGGUGUGAGACAAAUGGCUAUCCGCUGGUUUACCCUAUCAAACCCUCAGUUGAGAAAGAGAGGAAGAUUGCUGUAGUGCAACCAGAGAAGCACAGAACUCCGCCUAAGUCAUCGUCACCUGAUGCUGUCAAGCAACAGAUGGCCAACCAGUCAGAGACAGGACAGGGGAACGGGAAGUACUGCUGUCCAAAGAUCUACUUCAACCAUCGCUGCUUCUCUGGACCCUACCUUAAUAAAGGUCGCAUAGCAGAGCUGCCUCAAUUCAUUGGCCCCGGAAACUGUGUUCUAGUGCUGAAAGAGGUAUUGACUCUGCUAAUAAACUCAGCAUACAAACCCAGUCGUGUGUUGAGAGAGCUGCAGCUGGACCAGGAGAGCCGUUGGCAAGGCCAUGGAGAGACACUCAAAGCCAAGUACAAAGGAAAGAGUUACCGUGCAACUGUGGAAAUAGUCCGCACUGCAGACAGAGUGGCGGACUUCUGUAGGAAAACCUGCAUCAAACUAGAGUGCUGCCCAAACCUGUUUGGUCCUCGCAUGGUUCUAGAGCGCUGCUCAGAGAACUGCUCCGUCCUCACCAAGACCAAAUACACAUAUUACUAUGGAAAGAAGAAGAGUAAACGAGUUGGCCGUCCACCAGGGGGCCACUCCAAUCUGGAGGGUGGAGUGAAGAGACGAGGCAGGAAAAGGAAGAGGAGGAAGCAGCUGUUUGUUCAUAAGAAGCGACGUUCUUCAGCAUCGGUUGACAAUACACCUGCUGGGUCUCCACAGGGCAGUGGAGAUGAAGAGGACCUAGAUGAAGAUGACUCCCUGAGUGAAGACUCUGGUUCCGAGCUGCAGGACGACAUCCAGGACGAUUCUGAACAAUCAGUCGGGAAGUCUCAGCCCACCACACCAUCACCCUCCCCACCAGCCACGCCCAGGCCCACACGUCGGCGUCGAAAACCCCGCUCACCCUCCUUCUCUGACGAUGAGAAUCACCCACCUUCACCAAAGACCUCAAAGACUGAGCCUCCACAGAAAUUGUGUUUGGACACCAGCCCCCUGGAGUGGAGUGUUACUGAUGUGGUUCGCUUCAUCAGGACCACUGACUGUGCACCUCUUGCAAGGAUUUUCCUGGAUCAGGAGAUUGAUGGACAGGCCCUACUUCUGUUAAAUCUGCCAACGGUACAGGAGUGCAUGGACCUAAAGCUGGGACCAGCAAUCAAGCUUUGCCACCACAUUGAGAGGGUCAAGCUGGCGUUUUAUCAACAGUUUGCUACGUAGCUGAUGGGGAACAACCAUGGACAUGACAGCUUCUUUUUUUUUUGUUUUAGUCCUGUGAAAAACACUGUAUUUUCCAUUUUGACUUUUUUAACACUGGACAUCUUUUAGAAUCCUGCGUACAGCUCAUUGUGUCGAACAAGCACGGACAUGAGAUGGACAAAGCUCAUUUUUCUAAUCCUUGUUUUCAACAAUUCAAGGGUGACAGUGUCACAGAAGAAGAGUUGUGUCAAAGUGCAGAUUUUUAUUUUGAGAGGCACAAGUGAGGAAAAAACAGAGAAUCCAAAGCACUCUGAAGCCAAAAAUUUGUAUUAAAUCCAGUAUGUUUUGACUCAAAAGCAAGUCAUCAUUAAUUACCUUCUUUCUAAAUAAAUAAUUUGAUUUCUGUCUAUGUUUAUAAAGGUUGUUUAACUUAAUGUAUGGCUUUGGGGAGCUUUAGACUCUUCUGAUUUAUUCCAUCUUUCUUAGAGGACUAAUGAUUCUUAUUGCUACAGUGGUCUUUGUUACUUCAUGAUUUCCAGCCUGCCUUGUUGUCAUAAAAAGGCAAAACUGCAGCUUUAAUUACAGCUUUUCUACAUCAUACUGUGCCCGACAGUGUUUAGUAUCAUCUAGUAAACAUUUUCAUGUUGUCUGGCGGCAAAUUAAGUGACAUCCACAUCUGGUGAAUUCACAUUUAAAUGCAGUUUCCUAGAAAAGAUGUUCAACCCUUUGGGUGCAGAUCUGACAGGUCAAGCGAUUUAAGCACUUAGAAUGAACAACUUUUUUUAAUGCCUAGUAUGUUUUAUAGCAGAAAUUCUGAGCUGUACCUCAGACUAUAAGUAAAUAGUGAGCAUUUUAAUUUUUUUUUAAUUCUUAAAGUUUUAAGAUUUUUCAGAAGGUUAUUUGGCCCAUUAAUAAGGUGAAGCCAAAAACAGUUUACACAGAUCAGAUUUUAAGUAACAGGUAACAUCAGUUCAAUCUUUUUGAUGUCAAAAGCAUAAACUCUAACAUAAUGAAAAUAACAUAUUUGAAUAGAUGGUUAGGUGUCAUUCCAAAAUAGUAAUUAGAUUUUUAGCGUGAAUCCCAAAAAGUGAACAUUACAGCUGUUUGCCAAGUUAUCCUGCUGUAUAGUUAAAAUUCAUUCUGAUGUGAAAGGGGCCUUCAUCUCGGUAUGAGAUCAAACUGCUCUCUUGUUCAAGUGUAAGGCAUAAGUGUUUACAGUGCAAGGAUUCUGUAAUGCAAGCACAAGCAAAACCAUGUAUUUUAUGGUGGUAUGCAAAUAUAACUGCAUGUUUGUAUAUAGUGUAAAUAAUGAAAUACCUUAUAGUGAAACAGGGUGAUUAGAAAGAACAAUGUAUUGAGCAAUUAACUCCCUGCCUCAGAAAUGUCUAAAUGCCCUAAAUAUAUUGUAUAAUUGCACAAAAUAGGCCUAAACAUUGGCAUGUGAAGUGCAAGCAUAAAUUCAGCUGUCUCAUUUGAAGCAUUUUACAUUUCAUACCAGUAAAUAGUCAUAACCUCUUUCAGAAAUUCUUAAUGUAGGCUUAUGUAACUGGGCAAUUUAAAAGCAAGGAAAAAUGAGCCCCUGCCUUCACUUCUUUCCAGUUCUUGUAGUGUAACUUACUGUAUUGUGCUUGAUUUUGUGUGAGAAAACCCUCCGUGGGUUGUUUGUUUAUUCAUUUGUAGUUGUUAUGGCUGUACUCAAAGCGAUGGAACAUAUUUUUUUCAUGUUGGAAAAUAAUGACUGCUAUUUAAGAGAUUAUUGCAAUAAAAGGGGGCGAACAACAACUUUA